GACCUCAUGGUAGUGGGCUUUGAUGUAUGUCAUGAUACUGCAACAAGGGGCACGGAUCAAGGUGCCAUGGUGGCAUCACUGGAUAAAGCUAUGUCCCGCUAUUAUAGUACCGUAACAGCCCACCGAAGUGGGGAAGAGCUCUCUACCAAUUUAGCUGCAAGCAUUGGCAGUGCUGUGAGAAAGUACAGAGAGGUAAAUGGCAGACUGCCUGGACGCAUAAUUAUUUAUCGUGAUGGUGUGGGUGAGGGACAGAUUCCCUAUGUAGCCACCACUGAACUAGAAUGUAUAAAGGUUGCUCUUAACAACCUUUACAAUGGGCAAGAGAUGAAAAUGACCUUCGUCAUUGUAACUAAAAGGAUUAAUACAAGAAUAUUCACUGAUAAAAGAAUGAAUGCUCCACCUGGUUCUGUGGUCGACGAUGUGAUCACUGACCCAGAGAAAUACGACUUUUUCCUGGUGUCACAGAGUGUGGGCCAGGGAACAGUCAGCCCUACCUCAUACAAUGUGAUCUAUGACACAAUGGGCCUGCCUGCUGAAAGGUUGCAAAGACUGACUUAUAAAUUGUGUUACUUGUACUUCAACUGGAAUGGCACUGUACGGGUACCAGCUCCAUGCCAAUAUGCUCAUAAAUUGGCAUUUUUAGUUGGACAAUCAAUCCAUAGGCCAAUCCAUGGGGGCCUAGAAGAUCUCUUGUAUUUCUUGUAGACUUACUAAUUUUGUCUAUUUUUCUUUUCAUAACUUUUAUUCAAAAUGUUAUUUUUUAUUUAUAUACAAUGUUAAAUUUUAUGAUGUAAUCUUUUUCUCAAACAAUGGAAGGGUCCUGAAUGCAGAUGAUACAAAUUUGAGACCAGUGUCUUGUUCUACUACUCUGUCUGGAAAUGUUCAGCAGGGUCCAAAAAUAAUUCCUGCUAAAUUUUCAUGGGCAAUGGCCCAUAAGUAAAUGUCUCAUUAAAAGAUCAAUUUUAUUUUCAAAAAUCUGCAUCUGCUAGGCCUUGCAACCCUAACAAGGGAACCCCGCCAAGUGUAAAUUCCCGAUUUUCAUUCUACUUUGGGAAAUUGUUGGUCUAAAUGUGUCCUCGAAGGACACAUCAAAAUUUUUUGCUCAAAUUCAAAUUUAGGGGUUAUUUUGGGCAGUCGUUCCAAAAGCUGCUAUUUCAACAAUAUUUCAUAAUUUUCAAGCAUAUUUCCCAAGGGAUGAAUCGUUGAAAGUUGCGCUCCAUUGUUCGAAAAUUUCGUCCGUUUUGCUCUAUUUGAAGCCGUUUAGGCGCUACCGCCACGUUAAGGAGGGGAAAUGUACAGGAAUCACUAGGGCUUAAGAGCAGUGGUUGUAAAAAGCAGUCCGACAAAAAAUGUUAUAAAACAAAAGUUGUAGAAAAAUGUAAGCUCUUUAACUUUUGUUCUAUGACAGUUUUUGUUUAUUACACUUAUCUAACAAUGUACCCAAAAUCUGCCAUCCAUUACAAUGUUAAUUGGAACUGUUCAUUUCUUUUUUGUGCUGUACAGGUCUGGGUGGCCAAGGUUGCUAGGAGAUUAUUGUCGAAGAUUAUUGUAUAUUGCCAGGUUGGAUGUACACCAGAUUGCUAGAGUUGUGUGUGGCCCCCUCAACCCUUACGUACUACAUACAUAGUGACUUGAUCCAUGUGCCUCUCUACUUUUUACUCAACAAUUCAAGCUGGAUGACACAUUGAAUUAUAAUGUGUUUAAUUUUAAUGUUCAAUUUACUCCAUCUGCUAAAAAGUUGCUGUAAUUUUUUGUUGGGAAUUCAUUUUAUUAUUUAAUGAG